UUUGAGAAGAAAGAACUCAUCAGCAGAAUUGGCGAAAGAACGCGGACAGCUAUUAAACACGCUUGUUCGAAGCUCGCCAGUGCAUUUUUGGAAUCAUGGGGAUCCUGCCUGAUUGGCAUGGAGCAAGAUCAGGAGAUGCGGCAAAGUCUUUUUCAAUUAUUCCAUGAAGCCGGUCAACUUUCGUACUAUCUUGGCACACAAAGAUUUGAUGUACGUGUUGCAAGGCUGGACAACCUGCGUGUUAAGGAAUUUCACCAUCAAAAUCAAUUUAUGGAAGCGCAUUCCUCGCAUCAAAUUCAACUGGAUCAAGACGAAGCAGCUCUGGAUGGACAGGAGAUAUAUCUAAUGCUACAUCCUGCUAUUAUCGCCUUUGGUACUGCCGAUGGGUCCGAUUACCACAAGUACACUAUUUGGAAAAAGGCAGUUUUGUGGAUGGGUUAUUCAAAUUAGGCGGGAGUUCCGCGCAGUGGGCAAGGAAACAUGAAGAUAGGUAUGAAAGAAUCUCCCG